GGGACGCGCUCCCCGAAGCGGCGGCGAUCUGGCGAGUACAGUUCAGACAGCUUCACCGCGCGGCUAAGUCGGCACUGGCCCUCAAUUUCCAGGCGCUGGAAGGAACAUAGAGCCUCACUCUCCGUCACAAGCAUCUCGAACUGGAGCGCGCCACCUUCUCGGUCGUCGUCUGUAAGGUUGCCGUCCUUCCGACGCUCCGUGAUUGCGCCAGUGGAGCCUGUGCUUCUGUCAACUCCACCCUUCACCCCAAUCGACAACCAGCCGGUCGAGAAUGCUGUUUCUCGGCCGCGAGCACUGUCACGGCCGAACAAGCCAGCAGACAUACAGAUCCCGGACCAGUCGGACGAUUUCGCAGACGGGCAAGAGCUCGUAUCUACACCCCUUCUUCCUCCCGUAACAGCUGAGCUUUCUGCCCACGCGGCAGAAGAAGUCCAGUCACCCCUGCAAUCGCCAAGCAUAGCAGCUCCCAGCGUAACAGGGUCCAUACUGGGUACGCCCGUAAUGACACCCGUUCACACCAGCAUGCCAACACCACCGUUGUCCUCAAAGCCAUCAAUGGUAUCAUUCGGAAGGGCACGGUCGACAUCUGCGCUGCUACCCUUCUCCGAGAUUCCGCCAAUGGCAAUCUCCGAGGAGACGGAUGAGUGGGCCUUCAAACUGGGGCACGCUAACUUCCACAUCAAGCCCGACCCUUACCUGCCUGAGCAUUGCAGUCCAUCAAGCUGCAAAGAGUUGCUCAAACAUUGGGAAUCUGCUCGUAAACAGAUCAUGGAGUUUGCUGCGCGCUUCCGUGAGGAAUACGGCUCCGGGUCGCCAACAUUCAAGCUCAUGGAGCAAAAGUGGGCGGAGCUCGAUGAUCGCUGGCGUGCCUACUAUGAGAAAGCAGCUGCCGAAGCCGGUGUGAACACUGAUGAUAUUAAUUUCCGCCCGCUCGCAGAGAGCCCUCCUCUGGUCAGGGUUCCGUCGCUCAACGAGCCAGAGCAUCCUCCCAAAUUCCCGGGCCUUGACGACGUUGGCAUUGUGGGUCCCAUGGUCGCAUAUGCGAAUACCUAUGCGAAAGCUCAAAGCCGGCCCUCUCGCAAGCCUGCUAUUCUUAAACUCUUCACUGACCCGGCCUCACUCCUUGGCGGACGGUCAGCAUUUGGCAUUCGCCGAUGA